AUGUCCGGAAAUCUGAGAAUCAUCAUCAUCAUUGACAACAUGACAACAGUGUUCAACACCGAUGCUUCACUGAAAAUACAAAUAAAGUACUAUGUUCACAAACUUCCAAGACAUUCCUUGACAAGCGUUGACUUCACCCCCGUCUUUGAGCAAUGCGGGUGCGAGCUCAUCCGGAACAGGAACUCGGUGGCGCUUGAGGGAGCAUACGCAAUUGUAAACCUCCGUUGGUUGGUGGAGUGCGUUGGUGGAGUAGUGGUUACACGCUCGCCUCGCAUGUCAGAUGUCCGGGGUUCAAAUCCCGGCACGGUCAUUGGAUAUGCACCGCUGAUGAGCUCUAAUAAGAGCGAAACUCGACUCGCGCGUGCAAUGCGGAGCCACCUACCCCCCCCCCAAUCAUCGGUGAACGAAACUGCGGCAGCUACAACCAGUGUACGACGAGCGGUCGGUUCUUACAGCUGA